AUGUUCUCUCUCACAGACAUCUGGUCUUCCGUUCUCAUUAUUCUCUUUUCCUUCUGCCACAAGAUCUACCCACCGCCUUGGACAGGUAUUCUUCCGAAGCCGAUUGUUGGCCGCCCUAGACGAUGUAUACCUCUCCCUCCAGAAAUACUUGACGAGAUUUUCUCGUUGAAUAUCACACUACUCCUUAAUGAAUUCCAAUACGGAACAGUGCGAGACUACAGGAUUCAACAGAAACACUUCAUGCGAGAAAUAUGGGGUUCAUGUGGUUACAAUCAACGCUAUGAAAGAGCAAGUUCGGGUGCGCGGGUGCCAGGAUUAGGCGUCUGGAUUAUCACGGCUGAAGCAGGUUCACUUCCUAUCGACUUCAAUCUGGCUAUGUGCACAGUACUAGAGAUUGCCAGUAUCAACUACCAUACUGGCGUUGAAUGGAGCCAGUCUCAGCAAUGUUUCCGCCGGUUUCGCUGUAUUUCUUCGUAUCCUCGUUCUCUUCGGCAGUUGGAAAUACUACGGCUGCAUACGCCCGAGGAAGAAGUGAUCAGACUGGUCUCGGAUUGCUGCCCUGGACUCACCGAACUGCGCCUCGUACGAUGCACGAUGUUUAAUGACCCCGAUUGCUGGUACUGGCGGACGCAUACGCGUAAUCAAGAUCACGACUAUAUGAAGUCUUCUGAAGUGCCCACUGUAGUAGAUUACGCGAACCAUAUGGCACACCUUCUACGUGGGCUUCCGUUGCUUGAAGCCCUCCACAUCGGCCACUAUCUUAACAGCAUACACGCCGUUCUUACCCAUCGAUUUGAGGACGCACACAAACGCUACCACCCCAUACGAGAUAGAGCAUCCCACGUCGACGGAGUUGGGAUAUUCAACAAUUUACAAGCCAGGGCUAUGGCGCUGGCGAGGGAUAAUGGCCCUCCAAUCGAUUCGACUACUGUUCGUUUGGCAGAACGUAAACUGUGGAGCGUGCCGUGCCCCGAGUGCGAGCGGGAGUUUGCGAGACCAAUCGAGAUCGCGGAGCGCCUGUCCUCCGGAAUUCUCGCUGCGCAUAUCAAGCCCCUAAAGCAUGUGUCAUUUGCAAAUUUUCUCUCGGACAAGCGCAUCACGCCGAGCUCCUGGCGCGUGGGACGGCAAUGGUGUGGUACAGACCUGCAGGUCUGGACUGAGGAUCCAGACCGCCCUAGCUCUCGUAUAAUACAGGAGAUGGUUGGCUCAAACGAUAGAUGGGGACCUCCACCACUGGGGGACUAA